GUGGAGUGUGGGGUGGGGUUGGUUGUGUAUAGCUGUCAGAGUAGUUUAUCUUGUUUGCUACCGUCUAUUGUGUUCUCCGUCAACAAGCGUCAACGUUUCCUUAAAUCAAUCCUUAUCUUCUUCUUCUUCUUCCUCUAAAUUCCAAAUUCAGUUCAAUCAUUACAUCCAAAUUCAGAAUCAAUCUCACCAGAAGAAAUGUGUUGUUGCGGCGGUGAUGACGACGACUGUAGAUGCAGACCGUUAGGGUUUCUCUUAGGCCUACCGUUCGCCUUCGUCGCCCUCAUCCUCACUAUCAUCGGCGUCGUCAUCUGGAUCGUCGGGUUGAUCUUGAGCUGUUUAUGCCCUUGUUGUUUCUGUGUAACGGUGAUCGUAGAGUUGGCGAUAUCGUUGAUCAAAGCUCCAUUCUCUGUCAUGAAAUGGUUUACUGAACAAAUUCCUUGUUAGUUCCUUUUGUUUGGAUACAUGAAUAUGAAAUCUGAAUCGUUUUAUCUUUUGUAUAAUUCUUCUCAAUAAUUUAUAUAUAUAUAUUUUUUUCUUGGA